UCAAUUAGUCACAUGACUGUUGCCCCCUCCCUCCACACACACACUUUUUACACAGCUCUGUCUGUCAGUCUUCAAAAUGACGAAGCUUUAUGUCUUCAUGUGUUUGCUGGGGGUGAUGUCCUUGACUCAAACUUUGAAGAUCACCCCAUACCCUCAGCCGCCGAUCUGGCCUUCUGCCUUCUCAGUAGCUUUUCACGAGAAGUUUGAUAUUCCCAUUAUUCCCAGCAGCGACGGCGCUUGGUACUAUGACUACAGCACUAGGAGGACUCGGUUUGACCAUUUGCAGGGACAAGACAACAAUUUCUGUCAGGGACGUGGCUUGAAGCUGCAGAACAACCAUAGUGACUGUCACCUGAUCUUCACUCCCGCAGACAUGUACGUACAUUACCCCCAGGAGAGACAGUGUUGCCGGGCCUGUGGGGCUGCCGAGGGCUGCACCGUUCUGAAACCAGACUGGCUGGCCGGGGCGAAGUACACUGGGAAACAAACCAUCAGCGGUAUGGUGUGUCAUGGCUGGGAGAAACAAGGCGCUGUGGCGGUAGACAGGUGGUACCAGACAGAAGAUGGCACGCCUUGUCAGUACUGGGAGAAGUUAACAAUCCCGCCGCAUCUUGAAGUUCUUCACACCAUCACGUUUAACAGCAGUACUUCCAAUGUCGGCCCUGUUCCUAAAAGUAUCUUCGACGUCCCUAACUACUGUAACACUACAUGUCCGUUCCCUUGGGGUCCACAUGACGAAUAAAUACUAAGUAUUUCAGUAGUUUUUUUUCUCGAGGAGUUUCACAUUUCAAUCAUUUCCUCCUUUUACUUCAGUUAGGGUCGUACCUUGAAGUUGAAUAGAUAUGAUGAUGAUGUAACGUCCUUUGAUGUAAAUGCAAGAUGUGGGCUCAGGCACAAUUGCGAUUGUAUGCGUAGGUUUCAUUUCAGUUUGAGGUAUUUCCGAAAGUCUUAUUUCCUAGAGCUGUACUAUUUAACGUUCUCGUAAUACUGUAGAAUUUCGUUAAUUCAAAAGGCCUAGAUAUGUUCACCUGCAAUGUUGUAUCUAAAAGAUAAAAGAUCUAUAUAAUGUGUCACCAAGCCCUGAAACCAUUAGACAUACACUAAUAAGAGUCAAAUAAAAAUAUCAUAUCCUGA